AUGCGCAUUUGCUUUUAAAAUUUUUAGAUCAUAUAUUACCAUUCAUUGCAUAUGUAUCUUCCUUUCGUAUUAAAUUCUUCCGCAUUUCGUGUUAGUUAGUUAAAUUUUUACUAGCAUCUAAUUUAUUUCAAAAUAUUUGUCUACUUUAUUGAUCUUGGCGCUGUAUUUUUUUAUUCAAGAGAAGACAGCAAUUGGUGACGAUUAACUGUUUACGAUUACACGUAUCAUAUUUAAAGCGUAUUAUCUUGGUUUAUUCUGCAGUAUUCACAAAUCCUAUCGAUUGUUUGAAAGUUUUAUAUGUUUGUUACAUUCAUAUUAAUAGUUAAAAAAUAAUAACAAUACCAGUUUUAUUAUUUUUUAAAACGUGUUUGCUCCUGUCUAUGCGGCUUUUAAACUGUUGUUCUUCAAUACGAUAAUUCUGUUUAACAAUGGCGAAAGUUUUGCAACCAAUAUCAGCAUGCUUUAAAAAAGGUGAAGUAUCUGAAGAGCAUGAGGAUCGUAUUUCUGAAGAUGAAAAAAAGGAAAAUGACCAAAAUAACCAAAAUGAUGAUUCUAAUGGAGGAUUGAUUUGGCGAAUGUCAUCCCGUCUCUAUAACAUUGGAUCUGGUGCUGUUGGGCUUGGUGUAGGUAGCGUGAAGUGGGCUGCCUCAACAACAUACACUGUUGGCACUGGUGUUGUUUCUGCUACUCAGACAGUUGUAUCCAAAGUUGUCCCAUCUGCUCUCCCAAAACCUAAAAAAGAAUAAGCUAAUGCAUCAUCCCUAGUCUUUUCAUAUAUCGAUAUUAAAAUUGUUUUUGUAUUGACCGAGCUAAAUGAAUCUUGCUCCAGCCAGUAUUUUUUAUUAAACUGUUUGCUCAAACCACUGUAGGUGAAUUUUUAAUUUUGACAAGGUUUCUUUUAUCUGAUUACUGCAUGUACUGUAUUUUUGAGUUGUGCAUUUAUUUUUUCAUCAGUUUUAUACUGAACAUGUCAAGCAAUAUUAGUAUAAUGUAGUCAUUUUUUUAACUUUUUAGUAAAACAAUAUUUAUAUAUGGCCUUGUUCCUAAUUUGAAUGUGGUGAAUCUUUUGAUAUUUUAAUUUUUAGGGACCAACUUUUGGAGUAUGAUUUUAUAUUUUUACUUAUUGAACAUGGUUCAUAUAAAAUUAUUGAUUGUGUGUAAUUUCUUUACUUUCAAUUGUAAAAUUUUUUUUUAUUGGUUAUAUUAUUUGGAAGUCUAUUGUACAAUUUCAAAAAUUAUUUGAAUCUUAUUUUAUGAAUCCCUUUUUAUUUAAAAAAACCAAAUGUUUAUGUUUGACUUCUUUGAAAUUCAAAGGGCUUUGUUCAUUUAAUAAACUUUCUAUAUAAAUUAUAUAUCUAUGAAUGUUUUCCACUUGUUUAUUCCCUUUAUAGAUGCUUGUCUGCAAUUUGCAUUUGACUGCUUUCAAUGUUGGAUAUAAAUGUUUUCUUUGUUAUUUGUGUUACUUUACUGAUUUGCAGCUAAAUAUUUGUGCCACAUCUUGGAAGAGAAAAUUUAUUGCGUUGUUAAUAAUGUAGCUUAAAGGUGAAAAAAUCUUUAGCGACUUUUUCAUAAUGCUACAAAUAAGCAGCUGUACCACUGAAUUUAUUAGUAUGAGAUGCCAGUUAGUUUUUAUUUUUGUUUUUCUAUUCUGUGUUUCUGUUGAUUUUAUUCUCUUAGUUAAAUAUGAAAGCAAAUGCAAUUUGAAAAGUUUGCUGUUGAUUAUGAAAAGAAAACUUUUCAUGAAAAUAAAAUACAUAAAUUUGUACAAUUAUAUAAUGUUAUGUAUAAAUUUUUAAAAAAAAAUCCUGUUAGUGAAUUUUUGAGCAUUGCAGUGUUUUGCAAUGAAUAUAUGCAUUUUUAAAAAUUUCUUUAUUUGAGAAUUUUCUAAAAUAUAUUUGAAUAUUGUUAAAGCUGUUGAGGAGGUUUUUGAUUCAAGAUGUUGCCAAGUUUUUUUUUAAAUGAAUAUGUACUUUGUAUUCUGCAGUAUAAGUUUUUUUUUUUUUUUUUGUUAUAAGUAGUGCAAUAAAUGCUUUAUUUCUACAUAUCAAAGAAAAAGUUCAUUCAAUAGUAAUUACUAAAUAUGUUAAUGUAAUCUCUACUGUUUAAAAUUAGUAUAUAUCUGAUAAAGUAAAUCUGUUUUUUCUUGCCUUUUGAAAGUACAUUUUAAAAAUUGUCAAUUUUUUUUUUAUUCUAAUGAAAGUUUUUUUUGCAGUCAAUGAACUUGAAACUAAAAAAAAUAUUAAAGUAUUGUUGCUCAUUGUUUUAAAUCAAAUUAUUUAUACAUCAAAAUUCCAGUACUUUUAAUAUUGGAGCUUAUUUUUUUGGUGAUCAUUAGCAAGGACAUCAUUUUGGAAAAAUGCAACUGUGCAUUUUUAAUAAAACUUUACUGUGUUUUACUAAGAUUUUAUAACCUGUUAUGUGUAAAUAUAUUUUAGGGGUAUCGGGAAUAUAUGCAAAUUGGAAUUUGGCAAAUGUGCAUAUUUUCAGAUAUUCUGCUAAUUUUGUAUUUUAUUAAAAUAUAUUAAUGUACAAUAACAUUUUUACUGAAAAAUUUAUAAAUGGUACUUAAAAAUAUGUGCUAAAUGUGCCUAAUGUACUGGACAUUUAAUGAGAGAAGCGAUGUUCUUUAAAAAAAAAAUCAUUUACAUGAUAUUUUUCUUUUUUUAAAUUGAGUAGUGAAUUACCACCAUUUCUUGCAUGCCAUUUUUCUUAUUUAUCUAUGUUCUACAGUAUUUUAAAAAUCAUUUUUGGAAAUUCAUAAAUUUGUUGUGAAAAAUGUGUUUCAAAUUAGUUUCUAAAAUACAGUUUUCCUUCUUAGGUGGAAGAUGACUGAUGAUCUCGAACUAAUAAUGCAUUUUUAUUUAAGUGUUUAUAGUAAUUUAUUUUUGUUAUUUUAAAUCGCAGUUAUUAGAUAUACUUUUAAAGGGGUGAUUGUGAUCUAUUUUUUACUUUCACAAUUCUGGAAAUUCCGGAUAGUUUUCUCAGAUGUUGUUUUUAUGCUACAGAAAAGAUAAAAAGUGACAGUUCCUUUUAAGAAAGUAAUGCUUUAAAAAUUAUUCUUGGAGAAUUUACCAAUUAACAAAUAUCUUAGUGAUAAUUAAUUGAAUAUCCAGAUGACUAAUCUGAAUUCUUUCUGUUCCAUAGAUUGUUAUCUUUAUUUUUAUUUAUUUAUUUAUUUAUUUUUGACAUUUCUUAUGUAUAUUUAGUUUCGUAUUUAAUCCUCGAAGGAUAAAAUGAAAAGGUAUUAUCAUCAAAAAAAAAUAAAUUAUCUUGCUUCUAACUUCUGUUACAAAAAAAAUAUAUUUUUUAACUAAACUUUAUUUUAAAAAUUCUUGAGAAAUCUGUUAGGUAAGCAAAUGUGUAAAAUGAUGCAUGAAAACAAAAAUUGAUUUGUAAUGAUUUUAGCACUUUUUAUCUGUUUCCUAGUAUAUCGCCUGGGUUCUCAAACUGUAGAGCAAGAGUCAAUUUUUUGAUAAAUCAAAUUCAAAAUUUGCAACAAAAAAAAAACUUGUUAUGACAUAAAUUCUUUAUUAAAUCACAAAAAAUAUUGCAAUGAUAAGAAAUAAAAUAUAUAUUUGUAUUUUAAACGUAUGGAUGAUGUAUAUAAAAAGCUGUCUUCUUUGCACAUGAUAUAGCCCAUUGCUCAUAAGCUUUUUUUCGCUAUGGCAAUUUCCUUUACGCACACAUUAAUUUUAAUGCAGCUCAUUACGAUGAUCAUCUUUAUUAAAUACCAUUAUAAAUAUAUUUUUUUACAAAAGUUUUCUUGUACCCGUAAAAUCUCUUCUGAAAUGAGCGGGCUAUAUUAUCUCUUUAAAGAAAAAAAUCAGUGCUCCGAAAUAUGAAGUAGGUUUUUAAAAAUACGGUUUGGAAAAAUUGGAUUGCAAUGCUUAAAAGUUUGGGAUGUCCCAAUAUAUAGAAAUAUAGCAUUUAUAUCCUGAAUUAUUAGAAAUUCUCAAGAUUGUCCUUUUGGCAGUUUCUUGAAGUGAUCAAUCACCCCUUACCGUACUUGCUUUUAAAUAUACAAAUGAUGAUCUUAUUUUCUUUCCUGUUUUACUUAUUUAUGCUUCUCAUUCUGAUUUGAAAUAUUUCUUUAUUGGAAAGCUAAUGCUGUGAAUCAAUUCUUUUAAUUGUUAUUGCACAGAAAGGUCUCUAGUCAUUUUUAGUUAUAAAAAUGUUGAUCUGAAUUUAAUAUGUACUUAAUUAUCUAUCGAAGAGCAAAUUACUGAUUUUGAUUUCUUAAGUAGAAUUUCCAAGAAUGGUUUUCCCUCACCCCCCCCCCUUCUUUUUGCUUUUUGAAAUGUACAAUUUUGUUUUAUAUUUUGUAUGAAGGAAAAAGCUCACAAAAUAUUAUUGCAAUUUUCAACAAGUGCACUUACUAGUUGCUGAGCUUUAAAAAUAUGUAUUUCUUAUUGAAUGCCACUGUCAUUUAUAUAAGCUGUUCAUUGGUCACAUUGAAGUCCGAAAGUGAGAAGUGACAAUCAUAUCUAUUCAUUUAGAGUUAUUUUUAUUUUCCAGUAAAUAAACAACUGAUGAUCAUUGAAAAAAAA